AUAUUUGUUUCUAUUUGUUAAAAAAUCUGUCCUUGUAUGGUAAAGAUUCAGCCUUUUGCGAAUACAGUUAUAGCUUUCCUGAAUCAGUAUUCGUCGAAACUAAUUACAUGGAUACUGAGGAGCGCUAUAUCUCAUCAGUGGUCAUGUAACAUAGACUUCAGUUGUGUAAGUAAGGCAAUGCCGCGAAUCCUCGGUUAUACUUGACCUGUCCUAUUUUACGAGUACACAUUCUGUAUAUAAUUUAAUCAAACGGGGCCAAAUAAAAAUCAGUCAAAAUCAGUCAAUCGACCAAUCAGUGUACUCGCUCUCCUUCGUACGCUGGUAUAGUCCACUUACGCCCGACAACAGACCCAACUGGCGAAUUUUCAGUUAAGUGGGAAGUGUUUUUCCAUAUAUAAAUUCGAUGGUGUCAAUCGAGCGCCAUCACUUUAGCUUUACGUGAAAACUCGACUUUAUGCACAUGCACCCGAGAGAUAUGGAAGUUUACUUCUUUGACAUACACCAUUUUCCCUUGGAGUUGGAAAGUAUACUAUCUUUGGUGCAGAAGCACGUAAACAUUAAACAAUAAACUUUAAACAUAAAGUUGAGAUGUGGGAUGAGAAAUAUUAGAAUAGCGUUGGAAGUAAAUAAGGUGUUGUCAACAACUGUCAGGAUGUGCACCAGCAGAAAGUUUAUCGAUAUUGGUGCGAAUCUCACGGACCCAAUGUUUAGAGGAAUUUACCAUUCAAAGCGUAAGCACGACGAUGAUUUUAACAGUGUUCUCGAGCGUGCGUGGAAUGUAGGUUUGGAUAAAAUAAUCAUUACCGGAGGAAGUUUGAGUGAAAGCAAGGAGGCUCUUCAGUUAGCGAAUUCUGAUGAAAGAUUAUUCAGCACUGUGGGUUGUCAUCCAACUCGCUGUGGAGAAUUUGAAAAAUUUGGAGACCCCAAUGAAUAUCUGAACAGUCUUCAGGAACUUGCUAUUCAAAAUAAGAGGAAAGUUGUAGCCAUUGGAGAAUGUGGCUUGGACUAUGACAGAUUAGAAUUUUGCCAGAAGGAAACUCAAUACAGAUAUUUUGAAAAACAGUUGGACAUGUGUGAAUCCAUCAAGCUGCCAUUGUUUCUUCAUUGUCGUAAUGCUGCAUCGGACAUGAUAGAGAUCCUCCAGAAACAUAGAGAUGGGCUGAUGGGUGGUGUCGUUCACUCGUUCGAUGGCACAAAAGAAGAGGCAAAGAUCUUCCUUGAUCUUGGAUACUAUAUAGGUAUAAAUGGCUGCUCACUGAAGACAGAAGACAACCUGAAGACAGUUGCUGAUAUUCCUAGUGACCGUCUCUUACUGGAAACAGACUGUCCUUGGUGUGGCGUGCGACCAUCACAUGCUGGGGCUCACUAUAUAAAAACUACAUUUCCCUCUGUUAAGAAAGAGAAGUGGCAAGCAGGAAAUAUGGUUAAAGAUAGGAAUGAACCUGCAAAUAUUGUGCAUGUUCUUGAAAUUGUAGCCGCAGUUCGGAAUGAAGAUGCUGAAGAACUGUGUGAAAAAAUUUAUGAAAACACAAACAAGUUAUUUUUCGAUCAUUUGACUGAAUAAUUGUAUUGGUUUUUGUAAGCCAGUGUAAAAGAAAAAGUAAAGGUACAACAGUGAAUUUACCUCCCCUCAGUCUUUCGUUAUUUUUGAAAGCUGUUUAAUACAGAAAGGCAUUGCCUUGCUUUCACUUUAAAACUUGAUACCAAAAUAUGUCAUACUUGAAAAAUCAAAUUGCAGAUUAUCUUAAUAACAAAUGCUAACUUGCCAACCUGAAAUUAUGUGUCAGAUACAGUGUCACUGAAUUAUGAAAAAGAGGGAGCCGUAAUCAAACCUCAUUUAAAUUAUGAUUAUUAUUAUUGUAUUAUUAAUUGUUUCUAUGAAGCAUGUGCUUCUGAGGACCUUAUGGGUAUGGUGCUACUAUUUUGAGAUUAGUGUUCAGUGUUUGAGCAAUGAAGGGAAAUUUUUCAUUGAUUGCCUGUAUUUUUAUGAAAAAAAGAAAAAUAAACUGUGUGGAAUAUGUUAA